UAAUUUAUGUGCACAACAUUUAUCCAGAAAGAGCAUAAAGUUUGUGAUAAAAAUUGGGUUAGGGGAAGGAGGAGUAAAGAGUAAUGGGGGCAGUGUGGUUAUUGGCAUGCCAUGGGUUGGUUACAGCCCUGGUGGUAGUCUCAUUCCUGUGCGGUCGAUGGCCAAUCUUCGACGGCACUUUCAUUCAACGCAUUCAUUACUUCCUCACUUUCGGUGCCUACGAUUACUUCCUGCGUUUCGUCGGUGCAGUUUUUGGCUCCAAGUGUGCGGAUGCGGUUCUUUCCGUUGAAUUUUACUGCUGCGAUCGUCCAAAUCCUCUUCUGCAGAUUAUAUAUCUUGUGAUAAUCAGCUUCACAUAUUAUUUCACUGCAAAGUCUAGCUUCACCUAUAUCCCUGGAUAUUAUUUAAGUGGGAUUCACAGGUACAUUAGCUUAUUGGCAGCUGCUGUUGGAAUUGUCCUCUUUCUUUUGACAAGUUUUUCUGAUCCAGGGAUAGUGAAGGCUGAGAAUGUUUCUCAGUACCUUUCUGCUUAUCCCUAUGAUAAUAUCAUUUAUUCAGAGAAAGAAUGUUCCACUUGCAAAAUUCCAAAACCCGCUAGGUCAAAGCACUGCAGCAUUUGUAAUCGUUGUGUUGCACGGUUUGAUCACCACUGUGGAUGGAUGUUAUUUUACCUGCAGAACAAUUGCAUAGGAGAGAGAAACACCCGUUAUUUCAUGGCUUUUCUUUUAUGGCAUUUCCUUUUGUGCUUGUAUGGAACAGUUGCCAUUGGCUUGGUUCUUGCUGGAAGACUAAAAGAAUUAAGAGUUGUCUAUAUUCUAACAGUUUAUUAUGGAGUAGAAAAUUCUUUUAUGGAUUUAGCUCCUCAUGUGGUACAAUGGUUGUUGGCAUCCUACAACACUCAGAUACUUCUUAUAGUGUUCCUUGCAAUUAUUACAAUGCUAUUAGCGGGGUUUUUUGGCUACCAUACAAAGCUUUGCCUUAGCAACACUACCACUAAUGAGACCUUUAAGUGGCAAGAUCACAUGGACUGGCAAAGGAAGCUAAAAGAAGCACAGGCCAGUGCUGCAGCACUAAGACAGAGUAUAAGUGGAAUGAGCAGUGAAAAACAGCCAUCGACAAGCAAAUGGAGAACCUUCUUUCGAAGAUCACCUCUAGAAGAUGUGGUAGUUGUCAAGAAUAAUGUUUACGAUAAAGGUUUCUUGCACAAUAUUCAGGAGGUUAUUUCCCCUCUCUCUACAAGGCGGUCCUUUACACGAACCAAAUUGAAAUCUAGCUGAGCAUGCUUCUUAACACAAGUGUGUUUCUAGUUAUUGAAUGCCUUGCUCGCUAGCUGCACAUAAAUUGAGUUGGUAGCAUGUCUCUCUACAGUUCAGAUGGCCUCAUUAAUCAUUGUGAAAAUCAUAAAUGCGAUCUUUUUUGUUUUUUUUCUUCUAUUGAAUGGGUCCAGGACUAGUUGUAGAAUGAGAAAUUGAUUAUUUGAUAGUCCUGUUUGAAGUUAAUGUUAUGAAAAAUAAAGGCUUAAAU